UGGAAACGCGAUGAACGUUGCACCGGUGUACAGCAACGCCUGACAGAAGCACAGAGGAUGCAUCAUAGCUGCUAUUUUACUCUGGAAACCAACUUCACUAUCUUAUUUUGAUGUUGUUUUUUUUCAAAAUAAAAAUAAUAGAAUUGGGAGUUUGGAAGAGUCGAUAGGAUAUAUAUUCUCUACAUUUUGCCUGGUCCCGUUGUUGAGCGGAGCCUAGCCUACUACAAGACAAGCCAACGUUGUUGUGUGAUGAACGCGCCCUUGUCUUGAACCUGGGGGCCCGUUGAAACUGUCACGCGGAUCAAAGCCUUGUGAAUGGGAUGCUUUUCACGAUUGAGCCACCCUGGAACUGAAGACGUGUUAUUGUUUCUGGGGACUGCAAUGAGUGUGACACGGAUCUACCUUGAAGACUUCCCAAACACUUCUAUCUUUGAACUCCUUACAAAGAAAGAGAUCUGUCCUUCUGGGCUACUGACUGACUGAGUGACUGACUGACUGUGUGUGGCUGUGUGACAGACUGUGAGUGUCCGAGGUGUGUGACCUCAACCAGCAACCAUGCCCAUCCUAAAGCAGCUGGUAUCUGGUUCGUCCCAGACCAAACAGCGCCGCUCCCGUAUGGACCUGACCCGGGAGAUGAUCAGCGCCCCCCUGGGGGACUUCCGCCACACCAUGCACGUGGGGCGCAGUGGGGACGCCUUCGGGGACACCUCUUUCCUCUCCACCCACUCCGGGGAGGCCCCCCAUCAGGCCGAACCCCAGGCCCAUCCCCACUCCCCCCGCCCGGGCCUUUUAUCCAGAACCUUCCGCAGCAGCAAACGCUCCCAGUCCGUCACCCGGGUGGACCAGAGAGACUGCUCGCUAGCGCCACCCGGUGGCUCGCCCACCUUCGUGAAGAACGCCAUGUCUCUCCCCUUCCUCAAUGAUGAAAACGGUGACCAUGUUGAUGGAGGACACAGGGUGCCUAAGAGCCUCUCGUCCAGCCCACUGAAACAACUGAAUGAGCAGGAUGGAGGUGGAGGUACCUGGCCGUCUAAUGGGGCCGCUGCUGGGGUCCGCUCUCUGGAGCUGGAUGAGAGGAGCUUUGGGGAGCUGACUGACCUGCCAAGCCCCAGCCGCGGGUACUACGGAGGGGGGAUGAAGCACGCGGUGUCGGUCAUGUCGUUCCACAUCGACCUGGGGCCCUCCAUGUUGGGGGACAUCCUGGGGGUGAUGGAGAAGGAGGAUGAUGAUCUGGGAUACGAGGAGGGGAAGAGCAAUGAGGGACGGGCCUCUCCUACACUACUCCUGGGGAGGGAGGUGGGAGGAGAGGAGGAGGGAGAAGAAGAGGAACCGGAAGCUGAGCUGCUGCAGGAGGAGGCGGUCCCUGUACCUGUGAGUCCAACCAGCUCUGUAGAACCUGCGGUGGGAGAGGACGAGGGAGCACCCUACACCCCAGAGUACACCCCAGAGCCCCGCCCUAAACACCUGCAGCACCAAUUAGAUACCUGUUCUGUGUCCAGCUCCGCCUCUGGCUCCGCCCACGUGGAGCAGGAGAAACCAGCCGGACAGCUCCACGGGGGGGAUACGGACAGUGCCACUUUCAGCGCCCCACCUGAGGAGGAGGAGGAGCUGGGAAAGUUUUCUUCCUUCUUGGAGGACGAGGAUGAUGAGAUCCGUGUAUGAAACAAGACGUACAAGCUCAAACCAUAUACGGAGCGGAUAAGUGUGUAUUAAUACAGAUGGAUAGAUUCUAUACUGGAUGGAUAUGGAUGAGUACAGAUGGAUAGAUUCUAUACUGGAUGGAUAUGGAUGAGUACAGAUAGAUAGAUUCUAUACUGAGUGGAUAUGGAUGAGUACAGAUGGAUAGAUUCUAUACUGGAUGGAUAUGGAUGAGUACAGAUAGAUAGAUUCUAUACUGGAUGGAUAUGGAUGAGUACAGAUAGAUAGAUUCUAUACUGAGUGGAUAUGGAUGAGUACAGAUGGAUAGAUUCUAUACUGAGUGGAUAUGGAUGAGUACAGAUGGAUAGAUUCAGUACAGUAUAAAGUCAACUCUAUAACAGCCCACAUCACAACAGAGACAUAUAGACUGGAUGGCUUACAGGAUGCUGUGGACGACGUGUUGAGUUGAUACAGGAAUGAAUGAAUUACUACUGUGGAUGAAACUACUCUAUAAAGGCCCAUAUUAUGACAGAGAUGUACAGUCUAUACUGGGUGGAUAUGGAUCACACUAGCAGCACCUCCUCUGGUAGAGUGAAUGACGUGAAUUAAAUAGAAGAAGAAACUGAUACUGCUCCCUCUGUCCUUCCUGUGAGAAAACAAACAUCUGGACAUAGUCAUGUGGACUGGGAUCUGUGGACUGGGAUCUGGGAUCCUGCUUCAGGGACAAAGGGAAAGACAGUCUGUAGGACACUGGCUCCUUCUGGAUGAAUACAAACCCCAUCUGUUACAUACAGAACAGCUUGCUAACGUCUCCCUCACACACACCACAUUACAGCUUCUGUCUGUGUCUGUCUCUGUCUCUCUGUCUCUCUGUGUCUGUCUCUGUGUCUGCACACUGAGAGAACUGACAUGGAAGAGCAGUCCAAGUGUGUGAACUCAUGCAUUUAGGAGAGACACUUAAGAAAAUAACAUUUUGAUAAACAACAUGACUUUGUUAAGCCUCUCUCCAGUGCUAUUCAUUCCCUUUACAUGUGUCAUAAUAAUAAGGGCUUUUCUUCA